UUUAGCCGGCUAACGAGAAAUAUUUUGAUAGAUUAAUGCAGCUUCUGAAGGCACGAUGUGAACCACUUUUGGUAGAUCCAUGAAACGUGAAGCAGAGUGUAACCCAUUCAACUUCCGAUAGAGAGAUGCAUUCUUUGGCGACGCCUCAGCCUCAGAGUAACCCAUUCCAUACAUAGGCUGUAGCUACAGGGGCAGUCGAACCACACGUUCCCCUGCUUUUGCUCUGUUUCUGCCUCCGUGAUUGUUUCUCAGAGAGAGAGAGAGAGAGAGAGAGAGAUGCCAGAGUACUGCGUGACCGGAGGAACAGGGUUCAUCGCGGGGCAUCUGGUGAAGUCCCUGCUCGAGAAUGGGCACACCGUUCGGGCCACGGUCAGAGACCCUGGGGAUGAGGGCAAGGUUGGGCAUCUAAAGGAGUUCAAGGGAGCGAAAGAGAGGCUGAGGAUAAUGAAAGCGGAUCUGAUGGUGGAAGGAAGCUUCGACGAGGCCGUUUAUGGCGUUGAUGGCGUCUUCCACACCGCCUCCCCAGUUAUCGUCCCUUAUGAUGACAACGUCCAGGCAAAUUUGAUUGAUCCAUGUAUAAAGGGCACGGUGAACGUGCUCAAAUCCUGUUCGAGAGCGAGUAGCGUGAAGAGGGUCGUUCAUACCUCUUCCUGCUCUGCAAUAAGAUACCGAGACGAUGUUCAGCAGGUUUCGCCCUUCAACGAAUCGCACUGGAGCGAUACCGAGUACUGUACACGCCACAAUCUUUGGUAUGCAUAUGCGAAAACCAUUGCAGAGACGGAAGCGUGGAAAUUGGCAGAACAAAAUGGGAUUGAUCUUGUGGUGGUGAAUCCGGCUUUUGUGGUCGGUCCAUUGCUCACUCCGCAACCGACGAGCACACUGCUUUUGACACUUGCCAUUGUGAAAGGUUCACGAGGCGAGUACCCCAACACGACAGUCGGGUUCGUGCACGUCCAUGACGUGGUUGCUGCGCACGUCUUGGCUAUGGAGGAUAAGAGAGCCUCGGGCAGGCUGAUAUGUUCAAGCUCGGUGGCUCACUGGUCUCAAAUCAUUGAGACGCUCAGGACCAAGUAUCCACAAUACCCCUUUGAGAACAAGUGCAGCAGCCAGAGGGGAGAUAAUAAUCCACAUAGCGUGGACUGUGGCAAGAUAACGGAGCUGGGGCUUCCUCCAUUAAAGUCUGUGCAGCAGAUGUUUGAUGACUUCGUGAAGAGCUUCCAAGACAGAGGAUAUCUGUGAAGGCAAUCCUGUUUUCAGAGCAGAGAUCAUGUAUUCCUCUGAAACUAAGACUGUCUUGAUCAGCAUGAAUGUUGAUGGAAGUUGUUUUCUAAAUAAUGGAAGCCAUUUACAAUGCUA